AUGUCAGUUUCCGGUGACCAUGACCCCACCUGCGAUCAAAGCCUGCGAUGAUAACAAAAACGAAUUCUAUUUCUGACUCAUUUGUUAUUUUGAAUAGCAUUUCACCAAAGAGAAUGAAUCACUACGUGUUAGAAACCAGUGUUGAUAACCACCGCCUGAGCUUCAAAGAAGAUAUAGUACAUAAUCCCUACUAAGUAUUUAUUCAAUCACUUUGAAAUGGAAGAACAGAAAGUUGACACCAAAUUAGCACAGGACUUUUUGAAAAAGAAUGCAUCUGUGAUAAAAAUUGUGAAAUCUGGAGAUAAUGAUAAAAUAUCUGCUCAAAUGAAAACAUAUUUCAAUCUGGAAAUUAAAAAUUUACCAACAGAAGAAAAAUUAUUACUCUUUGCAAGUAAAAUAGAAGAAAAUGCAGAAUUAUUUGCUCAGUUGGAAGCAUUUUUACGAGAUGUACCCAAAGAAGAGGUCAUUAACACUGAUAAAAAUCUUAUAGUGCAGUGUUUUAAGUAUUGGAGUACCAAUAUACCUGUAAAUUGUUGUUAUUUGGGUAUCAUUCCAUCCAACAUAGAUAUGACCGUAUCCAGUCCAUUGGCCAAAUUAGGAGCAGUGGUCUGCGGGAUAAAGUAUUACAUGGAUGUAAAAGUACAUUGUUGUGACGUCACUACUCCAGUCUGCUACCUAUUUGUACGUUUGUGUUUGGAAGCUGGACUAGACCGAGUGCAUUUGUUCUACAAAAAGGAAAAAUAUAUGACAGAAAGUGGAGAAGACUUUAAAAAUGGUUGCAGCGCUGUUGUUACUGAACAUAGCGACAUGCACUCUGUCAUCAAGAGGCUUCUUCACUCUACCAGUGAGCGUCCAUGGAAGUUGCAUCACUUAUUCGUUCAGGAAGGAAACAUCGAAAAUGUGAAAAAAAUCCUUCUAGCUAACAAAUUGAAACGGUAUAAAAAUGAAAGGAAAUUAAAGAAGAUAGAAAUCCUCCAACUUGAAAACAAAUUAUUUGCGUUCGAUUUCGUCGCAGACGAGAAUAAGCCCGAAGGAUACCAAGUAAUUAUAGUUGAACCUUAUAGAACUAUAAAUGACCUACUCACUCUAAUAAAAAAAGAAAACCCAUUUUUCUUGUCGGUGUGGACUAAUGAUAUUUCAGAGGCUAGCGAAAUAGCAUACAAUGCUAUGCUUCCAAUAGUCUGGAUAAACGAUUAUGGCACAUUCGAUGGCGCGGAUAGAUCUUCUCAGGCGUUUUAUUCUGCCUAUUUUGAAUUGUGUUACUGCAUUGAUAAAGACUUGCUGACAAAUAAUGUAGUGAAGAGUCUCCAAAACUGGUCCACAAUGAACACAACAGAGCGAGUGAUCAAAAUGUUGAAGGUUGUUGAAGUUUUGAAAGCUGAGAAUAGUCCUGAUGUUGAGUCUGCAGCCCUAAUCGAAGACGCAAUUACAAAUUUGGAGUCGAAUAAAUUCGUCGACAUUGAGAAUGGCAAACUUUGGGUUAGCUUUGAAGACUUUCAAGGAUGCAUUGUAUUUCUGGAAAACGAUAGUAAUUUGAAAAAAGUAGUUACUUCCUUGAUGUAUGGUGUUGGAUGCAUAAGGAAACUCGAAGGUCUCGAAUCAACACCUAAUAAAAAAUCAAGAAUAAUCAAAUUAUUCCAAGAAGAAAAUAUUCCAUAUAUGGAAACAGAUAAGAUUUUUAAACAAAUUAUAUACGGUGUGAUUUAUUCAAAUUCAAAUGACAGCCCAGCUCAUCCUACCGGUCGAAUGAUUUAUACAAGUUUUGGUGCAAUAUUCGCUAAAUAAGAGCUUCGUAUUGGCUAUGUUAUACGAAACACCAUUUCAGAGCAUCCUGUGGCAAAAAUAUGUACUACAUUUGGACAGACGUAAUGGUAAAACAGCUUUAGUAUUUCCUACAAAUUAUUAUAUCGUCAACAUUAUGUUUUAAGUACUUAUUUAUUUAAAUUAUUCGAAAAAGUUACGUAAGUGGAGGUACUAACGUGCGCAUAGCCAAUACGUAAGCAGAAUUAAUUGGCUAAAACAAAAGUUUUAACAUUGUAUGUUAGUAUUCUACGUUCUGUGAUAUAUUGAGUGUUAGAUGGAGUGAAUUUCUAUUCUAUUCUAUUCUAAAUCGAGAAUUCUUAUUAAUGUGUUUUAUCUCGCACCGUGUUGUUGUUGUAAAAGUUAAUCUGUAUUAAAAUAUUAUUGCCACACAGUUA